AUGGCAGUCUUAUUGAACCGUACGAGACAGACUUUGACAAGUAUCCCCGACCAACGAUUCUCAGUUCUCCUUAAUAUUGGCCAGUCCCCUAAAAGCUAUUACAUUACCACGAUACCCUGCUUUAACCAUUUCAGUGAUAGUACCGAAGUAAUAUUUUUGAGAGGCAUCGAGAAUUAUUACCAUGACAGCAACAGAAAACCUGAUUACCAUGACGAUGUCAAUGACAAACAACAGCAAGUAGCCAAAGCGGAUAUCGUGAGUUCCAUGCGCGCUAAAUUACCGUGGCUGACAUGGCACAGCCUCUACCCGCCGGUAAUGCGUGAGCAGCCACAAGAAUGUUGUCCUGGUGCCGGUCGGAAAGACUUGUCGGAAGGCAGACGAUGGAUUAUUAAGGGCCGCACGAUGCCAGACUGGAGUCCAUCGUUAUCGGUAAACCUCAAGGGAAUGGAUCACAUGACGAUCAACGAAACCGCAAUCCGAAUGAACAUGGAUGGGUGUGGAGGUGACAUCAUGAAGUGUACCAAUAUCCAUUGA